AUAUUCCAUUGCUGGAGCCGUACUGGCUUUCUGCGCAGGAACUGCUGCGUGAAAUAUGACUCAGCAAAUGCAGAGCCUGCAGCUUUCCCAGUCGAGAAAGAACAACCCCCCGUCUUCUCCCAACGCCGCUAAGCGACUCUAUCGGAACCUCUCAGAGAAGCUGAAGGGAAGCCACUCGUCUUUCGAUGAGGCCUAUUUCAGAGCCAGAUCAGACCGCCUCAGUCUCCGAAAGUCUUCAAUGAACUUUCAGUGCUGUGAAGCCAUGCUGGAAGCUGUGGAGCAGCAAGACCUGGACGCUGUCCAGAUUCUCCUCUAUCAAUACACACCCGAGGAGCUGGAUCUCAACACUCCUAACAGUGAGGGGCUAACUGCACUGGACGUCGCCAUCUUGACAAAUAAUGUGCCUAUUGCCAAGAUUCUUUUGAAGGCUGGGGCAAAGGAGAGUCCGCACUUUGUCAGUAUGGAAAGCAGGUCGAUCCAUCUGAGCAACUUGGUUCAAGAGGCUCAGCAACGAGUCAGCGAUCUGUCUGCAGAAGUGAUGAACGAAGGGCUCAGCACAGACAGCUCCGAGAAGGAGAAGCAGCUGAAAUCCUGGGAGUGGAGAUACCGACUCUACAAGCGCAUGAAAUCAGGCUAUGAACAUUCCAGAGCCCCCGAGGCACCGACCAACGUCUGCCUCAUGGUGACAAGCAGCACAUCACUCACUGUCACUUUCCAAGAACCUCAUAGCAUGAACUCAGCGGUGGUGACCAAAUAUAAAGUGGAAUGGAGCUAUUCAGAAGACUUUUCUCCUUUGGCUGGGGAAAUCGUCAUGGAUAACCUUCAGUCUUUGAGGUGCACCAUCACCGCCCUCACCAUGGGCCGAACCUAUUACGUCCGAGUUUAUGCUUAUAACAUGAAAGGCUGGGGGCAGCCUCAGACUUCCACACCCCCCUGUGCUUCUCCUUCGAACUGGAAAGACUACGAUGGCCGAGAGCCUAGGCACAGGGGACAGGUCGAGGCUCUGGAACGCUUGCUGCAACAGGUUAGAGCAUCUCGUCCGAGUUACAGCUGCAGAGAUAGUUCUAAACUGCAGAACGCAGGUCGCAAGCAAUCCGUCUCAAGAAGCCUGAAGCAUCUCUUCCAUUCUUCAAACAAGUUUGUGAAGACUUUGAAAAGAGGGCUCUAUUUAGCUGUGAUAUUUUAUUACAAAGACAACAUGUUGGUCACCAACGAAGAUCAGAUCCCGAUUGUGGAAAUCGAUGAUUCUCACGCCAGUUCCAUUAUGCAAGAUUUCCUCUGGUUCACAAAGCUUUCUUGUAUGUGGGAUGAUAUCAGGUGGCUGAGACAAAACAUGUCUGUCUCCGUGUCAUCAUCCACCGCCCUCCAAGCCAGGCAGAAAAUGCUCUCUGCAACGGCCCAGUUACAGAAUCUGCUUGGUACACACAACUUGGGCAGAGUCUACUAUGAACCUAUCAAGGACCGGCAUGGCAAUAUCAUCAUAGUUACAAUAAGAGAAGUGGAGACUCUCUAUUCUUUUUUUAAUGGCAAGUGGAUGCAGAUAUCCAAACUACAAAGCCAGAGAAAAUCCCUUUCAACACCGGAAGAGCCAGUUGCAUUGGACAUCUUGCUCAUCACGAUCCAGGACACUCUUUCCUAUCACAGAAGGAGCCAACAGCGCCUGGCUCCUGGCCUCUAUUUAGGCUACCUGAAACUCUGCAGCUCGGUGGACCAGAUAAAAGUCCUGGUGCUGCAAAAGCUGCCCAACAUUCUUUGUCAUGUUAAAAUCCGAGACAACAGCAAUGUGUCCAGAGAGGAGUGGGAAUGGAUCCAAAGCCUUUCUGGCUCGGAAUCUAUGGAAAAUAUGGAUCAUUCCGCAGAGUGUCCAACUCAACUGUUCGUGGAGCUCCAGAUGGCAGUGAAAGCUCUCCUGAAGCAGAUCAGUCUUCCUCUACGACAGGCUAAGCUCUUCCGUCUGUAUACACAGGAGGUGUUGGAACUGGGUCACAAUGUGUGCUUUCUUCUCCUGCUCCCUGCCUCAGACGACGUCUGCACUGCCCCAGGACAGAAUAACCCUUACACCCCGCACUCAGGAUUCCUUAACCUCCCUCUUCAGAUGUUUGAACUCGUUCACUUUUGCAGUUACAAGGAGAAAUUUAUUAGUCUGUAUUGCCGCCUUUCCGCUGUCAUAGAGCUAGAUUUUCUGAGCACCCAGCAAUCCCUAAGGGAAGCAAUUUCAGACAGUGAAGUCGCUGCAGCUAAACAAAGACACCAGCAAGUCCUAGAUUACACACAGCAAAUCGAUGAGAUCUGGCGUGAAAUGAGGUGGAUCAAUGAAGCACUACAAUAUGCACGGUACAGACAGCCGCCCGCCGGCUUGCCGGUAGCGAAGAUUGUGGAUCUGUCAGAAGAACCCAUCCAAAAGAAGAUCAGUUCAACAUCCUCUCACCUCGACUGUCUUCCAUCCCCGCCACCCUCGCCAGAGAUGGAGACCCACCGGAGAAAAGUCUUGAGCGACUCCCAGCCGUACUCAGAUGAAGAAGGCUGCUCGGAGGUUUUCCUUCCGACCGACAGCGACUACGACUCUAGCGAUGCUUUGAGCCCGAGGGAGCUGGAUUUGGUCUAUUCGUCCUCGCAGGACAUAUCCCACCAGGCCGUGAGCUGCCUGAGCGGCAGCGCACCGGACGUUCUCCAGAUCCACGACAUCAAGCCUUGCUUGACUCCAAAGCAGAACCUGAGAGGGGGUGGCACCUUGGAGGCCGACGUCGAUCAGUCCAAGGAGCACCUGCAAAGCCUGUCGCUGGGAGGGGGGCUUUCGCCUAAAUGCACGGAAAAGUCCGCCAGCUUGAGGCAACCCUUGAGCUUCCUGGGCAAGAAGAAGCACGGGAAGCAUCAACACUCCAGCUACUUCAGCCGACACCAUCGCUGGCUGCGUGUGCACAGCGAGAGCCAGUCCAUAUCCCUCUCCGAGGGUCUGUAUACGCCACAUCUCACACGAGCAAUGGAGUUCUCGCAAGAGCCUACCUCCGGCAGCGAGCAGAUAAGCAUCUCCAUCGACUGUCCGCGCAGCACAUUCUUACCUCAUGCUACGAGCCUCCCGGAAGAAGGGAAAGGCAAAUACCAGGAACUGAGGCCGAGCAUCCGCAGGAUAUAUGUGGAGCCGUACGGCACCGGCGAGGAUGGUAAAUCCUGGGCGCUAGGCAGCCGGCCGGAGGAACAUGAAGAUUUGCACAUUUCCGCAGGCCAGCGAAUGGUUCAAGAAGAUCAGUCCAGUUCCAACACCGCUGAGGUAUACAGCAGCGAUCUUUAAGGGUG